CCCGGCACCCCAGCAUUCAGCAGCACACUCGUAACAACCUGCACCCGCACUCCGCCUAUUAUCGUCCCCCCUCCCGCAAAAAAAGGAACUUCCAUCGGCGCGCUUCCGGCUCCUAAGCGCUGCGCGCAUCGCAGCGCAGCGCGCAAAUGGAGACGCUGCUGGCGAAGGCGCUGGAGUCGAAGCUCAAGUACUACCUGCGCUCGUACACGCGCGACCAGUUCCGCCUGCAGGGCCGCACCGUGGAGCUCUCCAACCUCGACCUGAACGGCGAUGUGCUGCACUCCAUCAUCGGCCUGCCCUCCACCCUGCGAGUGGCGCAGGCACACGUUGCCAAGCUCGAGAUCAAGCUGCCAGCGCUGUCGCUGGUGAACAAGGAGCCCACGGUGGUGGCCAUCUCCACUCUCGACCUCGUGCUGCGCGAAACAGCCCCCAACGAGGCCCCCCUCUCCAACUCCAGUGCACUGGCAACUAAGAGCACAUCCUAUGGCUUUGCGGACAAGAUAGCGGAUGGCAUGACGGUGGAGGUGGGCGUGGUGAACCUCAUGAUAGAGACCAGGGGCGGCAGAGAUGUGUCGGGCCAUGAUGCCGCCACAUGGAUACCCCCCAUUGCCAGCAUCACCAUUCGGGGCCUGCGCCUCUGCACCACUAAUGAACGCUGGCAGGUUGUGGGUCUGGCGGACACGCGCACCUUCUUCGCCAAUCUCAAGUGCAUCUACAUCUUCAGACUGCUGGAGUGGGAGUCGCUGUCGGUGGACCUCAUACCGCACCCGGACAUGUUCCACGCAUCGCUCGACAUCUCCGCCACCAAGGACGCCCACAGCCGUGAUGGGGACGGCGCCAAGCGUGCCUUCUUUGGCGGGGAGCGCUUCGUCGACGACAUCAGAGGCCGUGCAUGCAUCACGAUGCACCGCACAGAGCUGAACAACCCGCUGGGCCUGGAGGUGGACCUGCAGCUCUCAGAGGCCAACGUGCCCGCCCUCACCGAACCAGGGCUGCGGGCGCUGAUGCGCUUCAUGACGGGCAUGUACGCGUGCCUGCUGCGCUCCGACCUCACCGACAUGAGCCAACUGGGCCCAGAGACAGCAGGUCGUGUGCUCAUCUCGCUCACAUUGGAGCGCCUCUUCAUCCGCAUCCAGGAGGAAGACUACCAGCUGGAGCUCGUCCUGCAGUCACUCAAAUACGUCCAGGGCAGUGCGUCAGAGCCGGACGGCGCCACGGUGGGCAACAUGGUGCGCCUCUACCUCGGCCAGCUCUUCCUCACGGACACCUUCUCGUCGCCCCCGGUGGCGCUGCUGCAGCCGGUGCAGGAGCACGCGAGCAGCGACGUGGAGCGCGUGCCAUCGUUCGCCAGCGAGCACGUGUGGCCGCGCAUCUACCCCGUGGACGACGACGACGACUGCCUGCCCCCGCCCUCCAUGUUCCGCCUCUUCUCCGCCUUCUCCCUGCCCCCCGCCCCGCCCCCCGCCGUCGCCUCGCAGCUCGUCAUCCGCUGCGACCCCCUGCAGAUCAGUCUCCAGGAGGAGUCGUGCUUCCGCAUUGCGUCGCUGGUGGCGGAUGGUCUCAUGGUGCCCCAGGCGGACAGCGCCCCCCCCGCACCGGCGCUGCGCUACCUGCUCUUCAUGCUCGACGGGCUGCACCUCUCCCUCUCCGUGCCGCCUGCCGCCUUCGCCCCGCCCUCGCCCUCUCCCACCAGCCCUGACUCGCCCUCACAGCAAGAGGUGGGGGCGGUGGAGGAGGCGCGGUUCACGGGGGCGCGCGUGCAGGUGGCGGGGUUCAGUGCGAUGCUGGACGCGUUCAUGCCCUUCGACCUGCUCAACGUCGAGCGCGACGCUGCGUGCUUUGCGCUCUGGCCGGGGCAGCCCGUGGACGCGGGCCAGCUGCGCCUCGCCGUGUGGGCCGACCUGCUCUCAGUGUCGCUUGACGUGGGGGGCGGCCAGGGAGACGAUUGGGGGGUUGCCAGGGGUAUAAGACGAGGCGAGCGGGGGGGUGGUGAUGACGACGAUGCGUGGGCGUCGUCCCCUGUGUCAUACGAGGGGCAGUCGCGCCUGGCGGCGGCGGCUACCCAGCAGCUGCAGUGUGUGUGCAUCAAGGACCCGCGCCUGGAGCUCGCCAUGCUCUCGCACGACGGCAAGCCCAUCAUGCGCAUGCCUCCGCCGGGCGGCACUUUUCGGCUGGGCGUGGCGAGCCAGGAGGUGACGUGCAACACGUCGCGCGUGCAGCUGCUGUUCGUGCUGCGCAUGGCGGACUACCUCACGCGCGUCAGCCGCGCUCUGGUCAAGGUGGGCAAGGGCAACCAGCGCGUCACCGACCCCUCCAAGGGCCUCUCCGCGCUCGUUGACGCUGCCACCGCCACAACACCCACCAGCAGUGCUGGCGGCGGCAGCGCAGCGGCAUCAGCGCUGUCGGAGCUGGCGGCGCUGGCCCCCGGCGACAGUGCGGUGUCGCUGGCAGUGGACGCGCUCAACCUGCGCAUGCUGGAGUCGGGGGCGACAGGAGGCACUGAUGGCGGGGACGAAGGCGCCGUGCUGUCGCAGCUGGUGGGGCGCGGCAUGACCAUGAAGGUCACGCACCAGUCGCUGGGUGGCGCUGCUGCCACGUCAUCCAGCAUCACGUGGCAGAGCAUCCGCGUGGAGUGUGUAGAGACAGAGGAGGUCGCAGGGGGGCCCGCGCCACCACCUGCACCAGGGCCUGAUUCACCGGCAACCCCAACUGCAGGCGCUGCUCCGCGCAUGCGGGCGGUGCUGUGGUCGGGCGACGGCGACAGCGACAUGGACGCGCUGGCGCGCACCGGCACCAUGAGCGCCCCCGACCCUUCCUCUGCCGCUGGGCUGGCCCUCCCACGGUCGCCGUCCAGCAGCGGUCCUGCGGUGCCAUUCCUGCACGUGGCGGUGCUGCACGUGCUGCCGUACGACAGCAGCGACGCCGCCUCGCACUCGCUCACGGUGGAGGCCAAGGUGGGCGGCGUGCGCCUCAGCGGUGGGUGGAGCUACAACGAGGCGUUGCUGCGCCGCUUCGGCGUGCUGGAUGGCAGCACGGGCGGCCCUGGGGCACACGUGGUGCAGCUGCUGGACGUGGUGGAGCGCAGCGAGGCUCUGCGCCUCCUGCUCGCCUCAAGCACUGAGGAACCAUCCGCCUCUACACCUGUUGCAGCGGCGGACCCAGCAGCAGCGUGGGAGGUGGCGCUGCCACAGGAGAUGGACGUGGACGUGCAGCUGCUGGACUGGCUGUUCGCGCUCGAGGGCGCGCACAAGGCCUUCGUCGCCCUGCCCACCAGCGCAGCGCACGCGGUGCAGCGACGAGAGGACCUGUCGUGGCACUCCACGUUCCGCAUGUUCCGAGUCACGGCGCACAGCAACCCCGCCAAUGACGCCGACAGGCGCACCGGCACCAGGCACCGCCCGCCCCUUGCGCCGGGCAGCAACCCCGUGGCCAACAUCGCGAUCCGCGUGGAGGGCAUUCAGGCGUUCAAGCCGCGCAUAUUCGACGCAUCGGAUGCACCAGCGUGCUCGCCGUCAGUGCGCCCCUCUGCUGUCUCUGUGUCUGCCUCCGACUCCUCCCUCGAGCUCUCCACCCACCCCGCCCCCACGUCGCCCUCCUCCCGCCCCAUCUCUCGCUCCGCCUCUGAUGCGCCCCUGCCGCUGCACGCAUCCCUUGCACCCCCUGCAGCAGCAGCAGCAGCGCCUUAUCCCUCGCGGUCGUCGGCGCGCAGUGGGCUGGACCUGGAGCUGCGCCUCGCCUCCCUGCCCGCGCCUGAUGCCGCCUCGCCAAGCGCAGAGGCAGGGGGGGCGCACAGCGAGGCAGGGGAGACAUGGGUGGUGAAGAGUGUGCAGAUGGCGGUGCAGGAACCCGUGACGGUGGAGGCCACGAAGGAGGAUCUGCAGCACCUGCUGGACGUGUGCAAGAUGGAGCUCAGCGCCGCCAGCCGCAUUGCUGUGGGCGGGCUCAUGCUGCUGAGGGAGCGAGGCAGCAGCAUCGUCACACAGGCCACCAUCGAUCAGCUCGUCCACUUCGGCAAGCGGCUGGUGAGUGGCGAUGAGUCGCUGGCGUCGCUGGCGCAGGCGGUGCAGGAGGUGGCAACGGACAACCUGGCUGCGGACGCAGCGGCGCACGUGGCAGCGCGCGAGCAGCAGGUGCUGCGCGCCACCACACGCAUGCACGCCCUUGCCACGCAACUGCAGGCGCAGCUGGACGCAGCAGAGAGCGGAGGGGAGGGACUGAGAGGCAUGAGAGGGGAUGUUGAGUCGUUGCUGGCAGAAAUAGAGACGGUCAAGGGCAUGCUGGCACAGGCAGGUGCCAAGGGGAGUUAAGAGGCAUCCAGCAGGAGUGGUCAGUGCGACUUUUCAACUGAUGUGUGUAGAGUUUUUACCGAUGAUGGCUAGCAUCAUAGGUUUGUGGUGGAAGCUGUAGGCGAAGAUGUGGCCUGUGGAAGAACUACCUGUGUAGAUUGCCCUUCAUGCGAAGUGGUACUGUUAGUGCCAGUCUAGGUGUGUUGACUCACUAGCUUAUGAGCAGUAAUUUACAACUACUUGGUGCCUUAGAUGCUGAUGUUCGUGGCAUGUACCAUUUGCUUUGGACAUUGC